CCGCCUGGAGGAGGUUGGUCAAACUUCAGUCGGUGUUGCUGUUUACCGCUUGGACCAAUACCUAGGGUGCAGGAACUGGUGCUGCUUGAUCAAAUACCUCAGUCGGGGAGACUUCGACAUGUGGGGGAGCAAGGCUCUCUUGACUGCUUUGGCUGUCGCCAGUGCAGCAGCGUCACCUAUCGAGAAACGACAGUUCUCGUACGGAUCUACACCCGUGCGAGGUGUGAACAUUGGAGGUUGGUUGGUACUGGAACCUUGGAUCACGCCGUCUAUCUUCACACCAUACGGGGGAAGCGUUGUGGACGAGUGGACGCUGUGCGAGAAUGUCGCCGAUGCUGCGUCUAUCCUCCAAAGCCACUGGGCCAGCUGGGUGUCUCUGUCAGAUUUUCAGAAGAUCGCGGACAACGGCUUCAACCUAGUACGCAUUCCCAUUGGAUACUGGGCCUACCAAAAGUACGAUGGAGACCCGUACAUCCAAGGUGCUGCAGACUAUCUCGACUCAGCCAUCAGUUGGGCUCGUCAGACCGGCUUAAAAGUCUGGAUUGACCUCCACGGCGCACCACUCUCGCAAAACGGCUUCGAUAACUCUGGCCAUCUGUCGACACCAGAAUGGACUACCGACGACUCAAUCGACCAGACACUCAGCGUCAUCAGCCAAAUCGCCCAGAAAUACGGUACCUCUUCUUACUCGGACGUCAUUGCCGGGAUCGAACUUUUGAACGAACCGCUGAUUCAGUCUUUGCCCGGAGGAAAAUCUGCUGUCCAGGGCUACUACGAAUCGGGUUUCGGCAUCGUGCGAGACUCCGGCAAUUCGUACGUGGUCAUCCACGACGGUUUCCUCAAUCCUUCAGCUUGGGACGGAGUCCUGACAGGCUCGGGCACAUCGGGAGCCAUUAUCGAUCACCACGAGUACCAAGUCUUCAGCGACGGUGGUGUCGCUUUGACACCGGCAGAACACGUCAGUGAAGUGUGGACUUCGGCAAAUACCUGGGGUAAUGGGUAUGACAAGUUUGUCAUCGUUGGUGAAUGGUCUGCUGCCAUGACCGAUUGUGCUCCCUACUUGAAUGGUUAUGGUACCGGAGCCCGCUACGACGGCACAUACAGCGGGUCUAGCUACGUUGGAUCAUGCUCGGCUAUCGACAACAUUGGCUCGUGGAGCAGUGACUACAAGUCCGACACGACGAAUUACAUCAGCGCCCAGAUCAGUGCUUUCGAGUCCAAGGCUCAGGGCUGGAUCUUUUGGAAUUUCAAGACCGAGAACGCGCCCGAAUGGGAUCUGUUCCAGUUGCUUGACAAUGGCGUCUGGCCUUCGUGAGGUCAAUGUCGACUGACACAUGAAUACUACCGCCUCUGGUACUGAAUAUGAUGACCUGGGUGGAUGUCCACUGUGAUGACCUUUACUUCGGUAUUUAGCGAAUACGAGAUAGAGACGUGCAUUGUGCAUUCUGGAUUGUAUGGUACUUGCAUGAGAUAUCCCAACAUUGCAUCUGGAAAUCAAAGGGCAAAGAUCAUGUUUUGGACAUAUGCGCUGUGACUGUGGUUGUGGCUGCCUGAUGAGGAACAAAAAGGGGGAAAUUGGUGGACAUGAAAGUGGCACAUUUUACGAUACGAGACUAUGACCCCUUAUACACUAUAUACCAUUCACGACAAUCGCUCAUAUACACAAUAGAUCCAUGCAUGAAUCUCGGAUAAUAUCAUUCCCUCGUAUUCAUGACCGUGGCCUUCCCU